AAAGUAUAAAUAGUGAGGGCGGGACUUAGAGGCGUGCAAGAUUAGCUAACGCCCUGACCGAGUGCACAUCAUCAGCGCUGCCAGCGGUCCCUUUUAGCAAGAAUGGAGCUGAGUGAAAUUUUAUACAACAAGGCCGAGUACAUCGAGACAGCGUCGGGCAACAAAGUGAGCAGGCAGUCGGUUCUGUGUGGGAGCCAGAACAUCGUCCUGAACGGAAAAACCAUAGUGAUGAACGACUGCAUCAUCAGGGGAGAUCUGGCUAACGUCAGAGUGGGGAGGCACUGCGUCAUCAAGAGCAGGAGCGUGAUCCGGCCGCCGUUUAAAAAGUUCAGCAAAGGGGUGGCUUUUUUCCCGUUGCACAUCGGAGACCACGUGUUCAUCGAAGAGGACUGCGUGGUAAACGCGGCUCAGAUCGGCUCGUACGUUCACAUCGGGAAAAACUGCGUUAUCGGGCGGCGUUGCGUGUUAAAGGACUGCUGUAAAAUCCUGGAUAACACGGUGCUGCCUCCAGAGACGGUCGUUCCUCCGUUCACAGUGUUCUCCGGAUGUCCAGGGUUAUUUACUGGGGAGCUUCCGGAGUGCACACAGGAGCUGAUGAUCGACGUGACCAAGAGCUACUAUCAGAAAUUCCUCCCGCUCAGCCAAAUCUAACCACCGCCCGGCUCUUCUAACGGGACUCCUUUGAUCCAUCGUCAUUUCCUCCCUACAGUAAAAAGAGGACGGACGUCCCCAACCGUGUCCAUCUGAUCCACGCCCGUACAUUUGUCCUCAGCCGAACUCCGUGAGCACUGCGUUUUAUUAGUAAAUGUACAUACGAAGAAGGAACACGCGUUGAUGGUUUUCUCGCGAGCAGAGUGCGCUCAUCCGAUCAGCAGACUCGUGACGGGAUUGGGUUUUAUGAAUGCUUGUAUUUAUUGUGUCGAUUCGGCAGUACGAAACGUUUCUCUGGGCAAACAAACGCUCGUUGAUUACAUGCAUCAAAUGACUCGUGGUGUGACUUUUUUUUUUUCAGAAUUGUUAGUUUAUGAUGAAGAAAUACUUGUAAAUAGAAGAUAAUUUCUGACACACAUUAUUCGACCUGUAUAUGUUCACGUUUUAUCAAAUGUCCACCCAGAGUUAUAUGUUUCGUCUAGCCCAAUUUAUUAAAAACAAAAAAAAAACCUC